AUGAAGACCGCCUCGACUGCCGCCUUUGCGGCAUCUCUUGUGGCCUCGGCCUCUGCUUUUGGCUACAACGAAGGCAGGACUUUCGCCACUGUCCAGUUCACCAACAACCACAUUCUCCAAGCCAGUGUUGACCCCAUUGUCUCUCCCGGCAAAAUUUCCUCCCAUGUCCACAAUAUCCUCGGAGGUAGCAACUUCGGCAUGUCCUCGACCGGAGAGGACCUCUUGAAGUCAAACUGCACCAAUGCCAAUGUCAAAGGUGACAUGAGCAACUACUGGUUCCCCUUACUGUACUUCCAGGACCCCAAGACCGGAAAACUCGAACCGGUGGAGGUUUUCUACCCCAAGGUUUAUUACUUUUUCGAGAAGACACAUGAUGUGAUCAAGGCAUUCCCAGUCGGCCUCAACAUGCUCGUCGGCGACCCAACGAAGCGUACUCCUCCUUCGACCCCCGAAGAGAUCCUCACCACUGGCUCAGGCCAGGAAAUCAGCAACGUCCACGUCACCUGCCCCCGUGACGAGAAGGUCACCGACGACAACAAGUAUCCCACUGGCCCCUCGUGGCCUGUGGACUCGGACGGCACCAACGCCGGCAUUGGCAGCGCCAACAACCCGGGUGCCGGUGUUGGCUUUCCCUUCAGAAACUGCGACGGCUACGCCGCGCCGCUCCGAAUGGAUAUCCACUUCCCUUCUUGCCUAAAGAAGAAUGCCGACUUGAAGGACUACAAGAACAACAUGAACUGGCCCAAGAGUGUCAACGGCGGCUACCAAGACUGUGCUGAGGAUGAGAUCCACGUGCCCCAUCUCUUCAUGGAGGUCUACUGGAACACUCCCCUCUUCAAGGACAGAUGGGACCAUUCUGGAAAUGGACCCCAGCCUUUCGUCCUCGCCUCUGGUGACCGCACCGGAUACAGCUGGCACGCUGAUUUCAUGGCCGGCUGGGACACUGAUAUCCUCCAGAACGUCAUCGACAACUGUAACACCGGAAACUCGGGUAUGCUCAAGUGCCCCGGCGUCGAGGAGAACACGGACAAGUGCAUCAUUGAGACCCCAGUUGACGAGAUCAUCGGCGGCGUCUUGGACCAGCUUCCCGGCAACAACCCAAUCUCUGGAUGGGGCGUCGGCACCAACCCUCAGCCUCAACCCAGCGGAAGCUCUUCUUCCUCAGCUGCUGCAUCCUCCACCGCCCCGGCCUCAUCAUCCUCGGCUGCUUCGUCGUCCACUUCCGCCUCAGCCGCCGCCUCGGGCUCGUCUUCCUCUGCAUCCGCCGCCUCUUCAUCUCAGGGCGCAUCCAGCGGUCUGCCCGGCUCCAGCGACGACGCCACCAAGGUCAUCGAGAACCCUGCUGUCUCGACUUCCUCCGCCGUUGCCGUCGAGACCUCGGGAGCCCCCCAGUCGUCCUCGGCCGCCGCAUCGCAGUCUUCUUCCACCAAGACCAAGAAGCCCAAGUCCACCUGCGCUCUCAAGACCGUCUACGAGACCGUGACCGUGACCGCCCCGGCCUCCGGCGCUGUGCAGUCCCAGGCCGCUCACGCCCGCCGACACGAGCACGAGCGCCUGAUGCACCGCCAUGCCGGCCACCGCCACUAG